CUUCAGCAAUCCGAAACCAGCUAAACCUCCUUUUUGCCCUUAGUCACCUUUCUAUCCUCGCCUUAGGCCCUAGUCGUAAGAGUGAGGUGAGAUAAGAGCCCAAAAUUCUAGAAUCCGAUUGAAGGUAAUCCUGCCAAGAUGUGUACCGGUACGUGUUGGGUAUACAAGUGCAGCCGAUGCAGCGGAACCAUCCUUAAAGACACCAACGUCUCGGGGCACACGUGCAACGCAGCGCGACGGAACAGGAGCCGCGGAUGCUGCCGUACGGGCAUCGAGUUUACGUUUUACGAUAAGGAUUCCGACGAGAUGUGCGCGCUGUGCGAAAUCGCCGAGGAGUUAAAUAUGAUCAGCGCCGAAUCCGACUACGAGUCCUGUGCUAGUAGCAUUUCUGGGGAGUACGAGUCUUGCGUUAGUGUCGUUGAUGAUGAUGAUGAUGAUGAUGGCAAGGAUGGACAGGUGGGGGGAGAUGAAGAGAAUGAGAAUGAGAAUGAGAAUGAGGAGGAGGAGGAGGAGGAGGAGGAGGAGGAGGAGGAGGAUGACGGAGGUGUCAAGUUAAGUCCUUGA